CAUACGCAUUUCUGUUUAGUGACAGUACUGUAAAGAUUAGGUGUAGCCCAUCGAAAAUAUAAAAUUAAUAUUAGUGGAAAAAUACAGGAACGUUUAAAACAACAAAACAAUCGUAAAAUUGUGACAACUAAAUAAAAAAGACCCCAUAAUCAUAGCUUUUAUAUGAUUAAAUCUUAAUAUAAUUUUUAUUUAAUGUAUGUUGUACCACAUAUGGCCUAUAUAAUUAAAUGUUAGAUAAUAUACAUUUUUUUAUUUACUGUGCUCUGAUUGUAGUACCACAGCGUCUGAUAGUCCAAUCGCGGUAUUUUAGCGCCAUCUGGUGGCGACUAACCCGAGUACUGCUGAAAACACAUCACUGUCACUUUUAAUCUAUAUGGUUUUAAUUUUUGCGCAAAAAUUAAAUUAAAAUAUCGAUGGUUUACAUUUAGAAUCGUCUCCGAAUAUCAAGAACAAUCACGAAGAUGAUAAAUGCGUGCAGGACGACAAGUCCCACAAAGCAUUGCGGCCGCCACGCGCUUCGUCACCUCUCGGAAGAGGUUUGAGCUUUCUAUGUUGUUCGUUUCCAUGGAGAGGUCACGCGCACACAACUGCACGCGCUGGGUUUGGGCUAAGUGAGAAUGUUAUCUGGAGCUAUCAGCAGAGCCAGACAACGGAGACGAGCUACUUCUGAACUGCUCCCUUGUCUCCCGACCCAUUUACACCUACAAGAGUGAAUCGAUCACAUAUUUGAAGAUGAUUUCUAAAGCCCAAACUCAGGGGGUUUGUGGCACAUUGGACAACUUAAGGAUCUUCCUUUUGGACCGGAACAACUAAACUGCUCUGGAGAUACAAAACAGCCUUUUACCCCAGUUAAAGACAACAGAUGACUCAGCACUGUGCUCCCACAGCUCACCUCUCUCAGAACGAGCUUUAGGAAGCUGAUGAAGACAUUUUGAGACACGAUGAAUCGCUACACCACCCUGAAGCAGCUGGGUGAUGGCACCUAUGGUUGUGUGCUGAUGGGGAGGAGCAACGAAUCUGGAGAACUGGUGGCUAUAAAGAGGAUGAAGCGGAAGUUUUAUUCGUGGGAAGAAUGCAUGAACCUCAGAGAAGUGAAGUCACUGAAGAAGCUGAACCACGCGAACGUGGUGAAACUAAAGGAGGUUAUCAGAGAGAACGAUCACCUCUACUUUGUUUUUGAAUACAUGAAAGAGAAUCUGUACCAGCUGAUGAAGGACAGAGAGAAUAAGAUGCUCACAGAGAAUGAAAUUAGAAACAUCAUGUUUCAAGUUCUGUCUGGGUUGGCUUUUGUUCAUAAGCAUGGUUUUUUCCAUCGAGACAUGAAGCCAGAGAAUCUUUUGUGCAUGGGUCCAGAACUGGUGAAAAUAGCAGAUUUUGGACUGGCCAGAGAAAUCCGCUCCAAACCCCCCUACACAGAUUAUGUAUCGACUAGAUGGUACCGAGCUCCCGAGGUCCUUCUCAGGUCGUCUACCUACAGCUCUCCAAUUGAUCUGUGGGCCGUGGGCUGCAUCAUGGCUGAACUCUACACCCUUCGACCUCUUUUUCCUGGAAACAGUGAAGUGGAUGAGAUCUUUAAGAUUUGCCAAGUCCUGGGCACUGUUAAAAAGGCGGAUUGGCCGGAGGGCUACCAGCUAGCGUCUGCGAUGAAUUUUCGUUUCCCUCAAUGUGUGCCCACCCACCUGAAGACCCUGAUCCCCAAUGCCAGCAACGAGGCUAUUACGCUGAUGAAAGACCUCCUGCAGUGGGAUCCCAAAAGUAGACCCACAGCUGUACAGGCCUUGCGUUACCCUUACUUCCAAGUGGGGCAGGUUUUAGGGCCUCGUCCUCAGAGCCAGGAGGUCAAAAAAGUUGAGACCAGGAUGCAGGUUCAGAAACAGAUGUCUGACUCAAAGACAGAUCCUCAGCAGUCUUCGUCUGAGUCCAAAGCCUCCACGUCCUCUUCUAGAAACCAGCAGCAGCAUCAGCCUCUUCAGCCAAUCCCCCUGCCUCAGUCUGAGAGCAAAGGAGUCCCCACCCAUGCAAAGGCAGCCUCACUGGGCAGUGAAAACAGUGCUGUAAGCAGCGAGAUGGGGUUGCUGAAGAGUGGUCGCCGUCGCUGGGGACAGGCUUUAACCAAGACGUCAGACAGCUGGGAGCAAUCCGACCAAUCAGAAACGGCUGCCUCCAACUCCAAGAAGCCCAGUCUGGGGAACGCGGAGGAGGAUCAGAGCUCUGAAGACCACUGCCCACAGCCCAAGGAGCAAAAGCCUCUUUACUCGUUCAGGACUGUUACAAAAAUUCCUACCAAUGUUAAGGUUGGCCAAAUGGACCAUGGUCUUCGUGGAUCUGCAGCACGGCAGCACUAUCUCAGCCAGUCACGCUACCUCCCUGGCUUGAUUGGGAAAAAUCAAACUUCCUCUGGAGUUAAGGACCUGGGUGGCAUGACACUGCGGGAUCUGUGGGAGAGCUCUUCCAGUCCUGUAAAUAAACCACUCGCUCCUAUUGGCAGAGGAUUAUCCAUCUCUAGAGCCAACACAGAAGAGAAUGCCACUAAAUCGGUGGAUAGCACACCGGAGAAAACUGUUGUCAAAGAGAGAAUUCUGGAGAAAAUUGAUCUGUCCAAAGGAAACUUUGUAAGCACCAAAUACAACCUCUCCAGUGGCUACAUCCCUUCUUUCCAAAAGAAGGAGGUCGGCACGCUGGGACAACGAAUCCAGCUGGCCCCUCUGUCUGGUCAGCACACAAUCAACCCUUCCUCCUAUUCUCCUGAUAAUAAAAAGAAAAAGUCUGCUAAGCUCAAGCCUCUUUCCAACUCGACACAGAGCGAAACCACUGAAGAUUACGAGGGCUGGAGGAGGCGGACAGACAGGACUCAGGCGAAGGAGAGCGGUUACUCAGCGUUGGGGAAAACCUCUGGAAAUCUCCUGAGCAGAGCUCCCGCUGUGCCGCCCGUCCACGGCCGGGUGGACUGGGCAUCCAAGUAUGGCGGAAACCGAUAAACCGGGCCAGAGAUCCAACAAUCUUGUGAAGUUGGUGUUUAACUUGAUGACUCCAAUCGUCUCACAGAGGAACCAUACAUGAUUUACCUGAUGAGAUUGUGUUUUGUAGAUUUUAUCCAAGAGAAUUCAAUUCCCAUUUUAGAGCUUGCAUGUUAUAAGUAGGAUGUGAUUUAAAAUGUGUUUUUUUAAGUGUUAUUUAUUUGUAAAGCCUGAUUUAUUGGAGUCUUCUCAGCAGAUUGUGACAAAGCAAUGACCCAAGUUGGAAGAAAUCAUUGGUGUGGUAAAAGCUCCACACCAAUCUAUUGUAUUACACAAUUUACACAAAAGAAGCCUUUUGUACAACUUUUGUAUUAAUAAAUGUGUUCAGUUAACAAAA